AUGGAUGAAGACCUUCGGCAAGAACAAGAAGGAUGGCAAACUGCCACCUCUGGCACAAAGAGAAACAGAAAUAACAAUAAUAAUGAACGUCAAUUUCAACAAGAAAGAACUUUUAUAAAUGAAAAUUAUCAGGGCCGUCCGCGACAGCAACGUCAGUCUCAAACACGCCCAGCUUCACAACCUCACCCUCAACAGCAAAACUCUUCCUCUGUCCGUCCUCCACAGCAAUUAGAAACGAAUGAACUUCGAGUCAAUGUCACUAAUGCAGCUCUAAAUUAUGCAAGGGACUAUCAUUAUCC